AUGCACACGCCAUUGCAGGUGACGCCCCCCCAUAGCUUUAGGAGCAACCCGACUCCGCCGCCAACUGGCAAGAAGCCACGCGCUAUUACCGACAUUACCGAUAUUAUCAAAGUCAUCAAGAGGCGGCAAAGCGGUCACUGCCGUAUAACGGAUCCUUGGGCCAGGUACCCAUUAAGCGAGGGCCAGUACGCAGACCUGCUGCAGCGAGUCCAGAGCGACGACGAGGUGCUCUGGGAUUAUAUGAAUAAGAAACUUCGAUACGACUAUAUACCCGUUGUGAAACAACUCGUCUUUCGAAUGCCCACACAUCUACAUGAAUGGGUCAUGAACAGCGUGGUCGAGGAGCUGCGUCACCAACUGCGAAAGCUUGGUGCUGGACACGGCGCGUCGGCUGACUUUGCACGGGCGGUAAAUGCGCGCGGCUCACCGACUCUCGACUUUACUAAAACGGGGUAUGGGAAACAUGACCCUGAUGCACAGUUCCGGCAUAGCAAAGCACAGUAUCCCGGUGUAGUUAUUGAAGUGUCGUAUGCACAAAAGCGAAAGGACUUGGGGUAUCUGGCGGAGGACUAUAUCCUUGGAUCGGACGGCAAUAUCCGUGUCGUCAUCGGCCUGGACGUCGAGUAUAAUAAUAGCAAGAAGGCUACAUUAUCGGUUUGGCGACCCGGUGUGGUGCAAAACGAAGCAGGAGAGCCAGAGUUGGUCGCUCGGCAGACAAUCACGAACCAGAUAAUACGGGACGAUGGGGGCAGUCCGAGAAAGAACGACGAAGUGGGACUCCGUCUUCAACUCCGGGAUUUCGCAACAGAAGCUUUGACUGGACCCGACGGCCUUUUUACCGAUCCCAUAUACAUACCAGCCAGCACGCUGUGCUUCUAUGUUGAACAGGCUGAGCAGGAUAUGGCUAUGGUGAAGCAGAACCAAGGCGCUGUUAUGGAAACAAACCGAUGGGUUGGGAAACGGCGGCGGCAGAGAACGCCUCCUGAGGAGCUGGACGAUGACCGCGAAGCGAAAUUCCAAAAAAUUGAAGACAAGGUUAUGGCGCAGGCAGAGGAGAAUGACUCGUCAUAUGAGGCAGAUUAA